GCAUUCACAUUGCUUGCUAUUGCUCGCUCGUCGAAAGAAAAGUCAUCUCAUCAAAGCAUCAAACUGCCUAUUUUUCCCUAAUUGAAUAUUUUGAGACUGUUGGAUUCCACAAUAUCUUCAUUUUCUGUUUAUAAGGAACUAAAUCUAUUCAUUUGUAUUUAUGAGUGGUAUUUUUGAUAACUUUCCCCGUUUUCAUUUCGUAUCAUGAUAAUUCGGUGCGGGCUCUUGUUAUUGUUUUUGAGUUUUGUGAAGACGACUGAAAAUCAUCCAAAUCAGGAUGAAUUGGUUGGGAGUAGUGAUUUGGAGAGGAUAUUUUCAUAUUCAUUUUGGCCUUCUGUGCACAAUGGAGCAAAGAUGAUGAAGUUAAGAAAACGGCAAGUUCAAGAUCCGAAAGUUUUAAAUGAAGCAGGUGACGUAAAAUCUACAGGCAAUUCUUCUGCUAAUCCAACAGUUCCUAUUCAGCCUAGUGAUGAAAUCCAUAAAUCAAAUCUUACUCCUAAGCUGGAUACCUCCAUAACAGUGAAUUCAACAUCAAACAACCAAAGUGCUGUAUCUACACAAAACUUAGGCAACACAACUGACAAAGUUGUGAUGCCGGCAAUGCCUGAGGAUGAAACAAAGCAUAAUGGGACCACUACAAAAACUAUGCCUGCAGAUUUAAAUAAUCCAGGAGUCUUAACUCGUGCUUUAAUAGUCUUUGGUGGAUUUGCAUUGAUGGCCGGAGCUUACUUAAUAUUUUAUAGGAGAAAGGGUAAAAAUAAUGACACCAAUAGUACACACGGAAUUAACGAUGCCAACCAGUUCAGAUACGGUAUCCUCCAGUCAGAUGACCGGAGAGAUAACUUGGAACUAUCACGAGUGCCAUUAACCAUGGAAUCUGAUGAGGAUGAAGAAGAUGACUUGGAGAUAUUUGACCUUGAGCAAAAGAAGAAGUCACUUUCAUAUGUGAAUCUACAGACUAAUGAUGAAGAUGUCGUGUUUUCCUCUGAAAAUAAUAGACAAAAUGACAGAGACAAUUUAUUAUUGGACAUUGAAGAUGCCUCAAUAGAUACUUCAAUGGAUUGGGUUAAUAACGGUAACAAGUCUAUAUUAUAAUUUUUCAUUAGGCAAGGAGAUGACACAUAGCGACCGCAUGUCGCCAAUUUAUUUAUUGCGCAUUUAAUUUGUUUGUAUGGUUUAUUUUUUUAACAUGCUGUCCUAUGAUUGUUAAUUGUUGUUUGUGACAGUACUAUAAUGUUUAUUUUUUGACCUAUUACUUUCUAUUUGCAUUUGUCACGUAAUUCAUUUGCAGAAUGUAUAAAAGAAGAGAAUAGAUUUAAAUAAUGGCACACUAAAAAUGGACACUAAUUCUAGGUCAAAACUAUUUUUCAGUUCUCAUUUAUUAAUAACCUCGACAUGUUAUAAACACGCGAAUCUCUCGUAUUGUACUAAUUUUACUCUGUUAUUAUUAGUACACAUUAUUCAAGAGUGCAGUGUUGAGGCCUUCAUAUUUCAACAGUUGAUUUCAUAACUGUAAUCUCUUUGUUUAUGUAAUGUUCCUUCUUGUUUUAGAACAUAAUUUUCUAACAGUAUUUUAAUACAAACAUUUUAUAGGAGUAUUUUAUUAUAAACUCAAAAUUAUUACUUAUAAAAUAUAUGUCUUAGUAGGAACCAGAAAUCGGAAAAAUCUAAUUUUAUUCUUAAUUCCAUGGUAGUGGUAUACAAUACAUAUUUUAGUAAUAGGUAGAUUACCUAUUUUAUACUAAUUUUGCAUACGGAAGCAACAAAAGAUUCUUAAACAAAACGUUUCAACCUGUAGGGUUAUUAAAAAAAAGCAAUGAGAACAUACAAUGUGCCAUUUUUAUCGUAUAUUUUUUUAACUUUUAUAUGACAGGCUGUCAGAGAUACUUAAUUCAUAAAUGCCUACUUACUGUACCGUAAAAUGGGGCUAUUUGGUACAAGAUUUGGUAAAAAACAAUUUUUUUAACGACUUUAUGUUUAAAUAAUCCUGUUUUGAUGAUUAAUUUGGACAGAUUUUGAAGUGGCGUUUCCGGAACUAUUAUUUUCAAACGUAUAUUGAUUAAAAUUCCGAAGAUAGCCUGUUUUAUAAGCGCUGUUCCAAUUUUCGCAAUUUUGGGGCUAUCUGGAAAUCGACACAAAAUGUUUAAUAUUUCAGUAAAAUGUAGGCCAGUUUUAAUUUGAAUCAGUUUGGCGAUAAUCAGAACAUUGAUAGUGUGUACCUGGCUAUAUGUCUAUAGUGCUCUUGUUCAAUUUUGUUGUAAAAUCUUGCACUAUAAUAAUAAUAAUAAUAAAGGCGUCGGAACGUGACGACCCCAUCGCCCCCUGGGUCACCUUCCCAGUGCAAUCAGUCUCCGCAGGGCAGCUUGUGGCGAGCUGUUGGGGAGUAGCGACCCCACGGACCUGAGUGCUCCCAGGGGAGGCCCCUGUUCCUCGCCUCCGAUCUUCCUUCGCCAAGGUCGGAGUGGAAACCGAUGAGGGACAGGACCCCUACCUCUGGCUUGCCUUAACCGGCCGGUCAGAGUGGAGUCGCGAGAGCUAUAGGCUCGAAGGAUGGAAGUGUAAAAUGUCAUAACGCCGGGGGUGCCUGACUGGAUCACCACGAUUUCACGCCCCGCAGUCUCACCUCUCGACAUCCUUAGCCACCCACGCCGAUGUUGCCCCUUUGUUGCCAAUCAUGGUGACUGAUUUGAGGGGCCCAUUUAGUGAGUGGCGAGUCACCACCUGCCACAUAAUAGUCACGUAUUCAUGAUUAUGGCAGGUGUCCGAACUUCUCCAACAAUAGCCCAGUUUAAAUCCAUCCAAACGUCAACUCCAUAACCCAUAAUCCUUUUCCUUAUUUUGUAAUAGCUCCACCUCCUGCCGAGACCUGUUCAUGGACAUAUCAUCUAUUGAUAUGCCCGGGAACGGGUUUUGGCAGGAGAACAACAUAACAUCAACUUCUCCAAAGGGCCUCUACGUGUUGGAUUUAUAUCCCCACGCAAGCCUCUCAAAAAUCCGGGGUGUAUAGACCCGUGAAAUCUAAGAGGAGAAACAUAA